AUGCACGGCUCCCGCUUGAAUCCCAAAGCGCUAGAAGCACUCUGUAUCUCAAUCACACCCCAGGAGAUGACGAGCUCACCAUUUCACAAAGAAGCGAUUGCUAGUGAAGAGGCUUGCGGCGAUCCUCGCCCAACGACCGGCCCUUCCAUAGUGAUCCCGUAUAUCCAAAGCUCGGUUACCAAGCGGGACACAAAUGCAGCUCUAUAUGGAUAUGGCCGAAAGCCGGUUCACGAAGCAUCGACUCGACAGCAGCGGAUAAAGAGGCAGGAGCGAAUGAUUCCAUAUCCCUUCUGCACCGAGGCAGAAGCCCGACUGCUCUCAGGAAAGACUGCUCUCAGUAAAGCGCUGGGCCAGUAG